AUGCAUGUUUGGUCCUUUGAAAUAGGUCUUUUGGAGCAUUCUGGAGCAUAUGGGACGAGAGGAGCAUGGAGGACUUGGCACAUGGACGCAGCUCAACUGGAUACGCAAAGGAAGAAGGAGGAAGCCAUCUUGAAGACCAGCUCGACCAUCUACUCGACCAACCGGUCGAGUUCCUCAACUCGACCGGCCAAGCUUCAACUCGAUCGAGCUGAGAAGUCAACAGUCAAACCCGAAAAAUGAGAUGCUCCAAACCGCCACCAACAGAGACAAGGGAUUGUUCCACCACCAGUGCAGAACCACAACUUUGAGAUCAAGCUGGGAAUGAUCAACCUUGUUCAGAACAAGAUGUUCCAUGGAUUGCCAAGUGAAGACCCCAUUGACCACCUUGAUGAGUUUGAUAGGCUUUGCGAUUUGACAAAGAUCAAUGGUGUCUCUGAAGAUGCCAUCAAGCUGAGACUCUUUCCUAUGUCUCUAGCUGACAAAGCUCACCAAUGGGAGAAGAGCUUGCCCCAUGGCACAAUCACCACUUGGGAUGAAUGCAAGAAGGCCUUUCUUGCUAAGUUUUUCUCCACCGGUCGCACAGCCAAGCUAAGGAGUGAGAUCUCGAGUUUCAUACAGAGGAACAACAAGACUUUUGCUGAGGCUUGGGAGAGGUUCAAAGGGUACACAAGUCAGUGCCCUGACACCAUGGAUUCAACAAUGAAUCACUACUCUCCACUCUUUAUAGAGGAUGCUUGCCAAGGUAUAGAGAGAUGCUAG